GCACGGGUUACGGGAGCGAUAGGGGAGGAUCGGGGGAUCAAACCCGGCUGGAACCGGGGCAGGAUCGGGGAUCAAACCCGGCUGGAACCGCGGGAGGAGCCGAUAAAGGAACCGCAGAGGGGUUUUGGUGGGGUCACAACAGGAACCGGCGGCGCCUCUGUGAAGAAACAUCCCAGGAAACGCCGAAGAUCCCCAAGGACUCGUGUCCUGCACUGCUCCCGGUCCUCUCUGCCCCCCAUGGCCCUGCUGGCCCUGCUGGUCCUGCCUGUGGCCACCGUGGCCACCGUGGCCAGUGGUGUCCAUGUGGAGCCCCUGCACCGGGUCCCGGCCGCGUUCGAUGAUCGGUACCGGGGCUGCGGCGAUGCCGUGACCAUCCUGGAGAACCUGAGCGACGCCGAGCUCCGGCACAAGCAGAACCUGGCCCGGCUCUGGGACCAGGCCACGGCCGAGUGGUUCCGCCGCAGGUCCCGAGACCCCUCCCGAGACCCCUCCCGAGACCCCUCCCGAGAGCUGUCCCCUCUGAGCCCGGCCCAGGCCAUCGCUCUCCUGGCCCUCACCAUGGAGGAGCCCAGCGCGGGGUUCCACGCGGCCACGCGCCACGCCGGGAUCUCCAGCCGGGAAUACCGGGAUGGAUUCCACUUCAAAGCUCUGCAUUUCCUGCUCAGCGAGGCCCUGCGGAGGCUGUGGGACCCCCGGCGCUGCCACCGGGGGUUCCAGGGGUUCGGGGAUGUCUGGCUGGACGCCUGGCCCGGCCGCACUGUCAGGUUUGGUCAGUUCAUGGUGACAUCGCUGAGCGCGAAGGUGGCCCAGGGUCAGGGGAACGUCACCUUGCUCCAGGUGUUCACCUGCCAUGGAGCCAUCAUCCAGAACUUCUCCUACAACCCCGGCGAGCAGCAGCUGCUGGUGCCACCCUUCGAGACCUUCAGGGUCACCAAAGUCACCCGGGAAGGGAACACAACGCGGAUCCACCUCAAAUCCAGACGGAGCUUCAGCAAGUACAACUGCGAGUGGCCGUGAGGUGGGAGCCUGCCCAGCCACCCCCCCCACCUCGGGGGGCUUCUCCUGGCCACUGUGGCCAUGGCAGUGGCCAGCGGAACCCUCUGAGCCAUGAGGCCACCGAGGACUCCGAGGUCUUGGGGGCCACUGUGGCCACCCUGAGCACAAAGGCCACCAGGACCCCCAGGGAAAUGAAGCCACCGAGGCCACCGCGGUCACUGUGGCCACUGUGGCCAUGGAUGUCACCGGGGUCAUUUGGGCAGCUCUGGCCACUUGAGUCACCAAUGUUGCCAUGGCCAUGGUGGCCACCGGGGCCACUCUGACCACUGUGACCAGUGCGACCACCAUGGCCACAGAGAGCACCUGAGCCGUGAGGCCACCGCAGCCACUGUGACCACCGUGGCCACCAAGCCCUCCAAGGUGACCCAGGCCACCACUGCCACCAUGGCCACUGUGGUCAUCAAGGCCACCCCGGUCACUGUGGUCAUUGAGGGCACCGUGGCCAGCACAGCCCCUGUGGCCCCCGUGGUCACCACAAGUCCCCGUUCCACCCCCAAGGACCAAGAGCCCCAAACCUGGCCGGGGGUGAAGUUAAACCAAACCAGGUGGAACCUCGGGCUCCGAAGCCAGAAGGAGAUUUUAUCAUAUUUUAUCAUAUUUUAUCAUAUUUUAUCAUAUUUUAUCGUAUUAUUUUAUCAUAUUAUUUUAU